AUGUCGGCCUCGUCGUCUGCACAGGCGCUGGAAUACUUGGAGGGCCUGCCUAUUGCUACGCAUAAGAGGCUAUAUGAGCAGCCCUCGACUGUGUUGGCGGUGUACCGCUGCAUGCUGCCGCAUCUUGCCAAAUCCAUAGUCAUGGCAAUGCUCUACAGACCCUCGUCCUUCCCCGUAACCGACCUCGACGCAUGGUUCAAGCCCUCCGCCCGCAGAGAGAAGGAGCAAGCCCUCUUUACUCUCGAACGCCUGCACAUUAUCGCCCAAGUGAAACAAGAUGACGGCACUAUGGCAUGGACAAUCAGCACAGGCUUCCAGAAGAGCCUACGAAAUGCCCUCGAGGGCUCUGGUACGCACCGCUCGUUUGGUGUCCCAGCAACUAGAGAAGAGAGUGGCGGAAAGCGAUUGAGCGUAGAUUUCCUGGACGAAUACUCGAGAUCGCAGUGGGAGGGUAUACUGUACUAUCUGGUUAGCGGUGCGGCUGGACUCAGCAAGGACAGUAUCUCGCGAGCCGAGGUCGGUCCUGGAACGAAGAAGCUGCUACAUACUGGUGAUCUUGUGAGGACUGUACAUGGGAGUCCGAGAAUCACGAAAGAUGGUUUCUCUUUUGUGCUGCAAGAGACGAAUGCGCAGGUCUGGAGUUUGUUGAUCGUGUAUCUGAAGAUGACGAACGAACUCGGCAUGUCCGAAACCGAAGUCCUGUCCUUCCUCUUCAUGCUCGGUUCCCUUGAACUAGGCCAAGAUUACUCCACAUCUACCCUCUCGCCUACACAAGCCCAAAUGCUCGAGGAUCUCUCCUCAAUGGGCCUCAUCUACCGCUCCGACAAGAACGCACGAACCUUCUACCCAACCCGCCUCGCCACAACCCUAACCUCCGACUCGGGCAGCGCCAUGUCCGCCUCCUCUAACGACAUUGCCCAAGCCAACCAAGGCAACGCAGGUCCCUCGGCCGCCGCAAACAAGGGUUUCAUCAUCAUCGAAACAAACUACCGCCUCUACGCCUACACAAACAGUCUGAUCCAAAUUGCCAUUCUGAGCUUAUUUACCAAACUCCAACACCGCUUUCCCAAUCUCGUGUCGGGUAAGUUGACAAAGGAAUCUGUUCACAAAGCUGUACAGUCGGGUAUCACUUCUUCGCAAAUCAUCUCUUAUUUAACCACGUAUGCGCAUCCCCAGAUGCAGAAGACCGUUCCGUAUAUCCCGCCUACGGUCAUGGAUCAGAUUCGGCUAUGGGAAUAUGAAGGCGAGAGAGUGGAAACGACUACGGGCUAUCUGAUGCGCGAGUUUGGUAGCGAUGCAGAGUAUAGGGAUGUUCUUGGUUAUGCGAGUGCGCUGGGUGUGUUGGUUUGGCAGAAUGAUGCUGGGAGGUGCUUUUUUGUUUCUCAUGUCGAGCAGAUUAGUGCGUAUUUGAGGAAGAAGAAGGAGAGUAGGGAGAGUGCUAGGGCGGGGAGGUAG